AUGUCGCCAGAACUGGCCUUCACCUCCUUGUUCAACAAGAAGUCUGCCAGUGCCAAUGAGAAGAAUGGCGUCGUAUGUCUUCUUGCCUGGAAGGAACAUGGUGGUUCCUGCUACCUCUACACGGGCAAGACAGCGCCCCACUACGACUCUGUGGCAGCUCUGUGUAACCAGGGCGACAGUAACAUGGUGACAGUCCACAGCAAGGCUGAGAACGACUACGUCUACAACAUGGUGAAGGACUUCCACAACGGAAAUGGGAAGGAUGUCCUCAUAGGCUACCGGUACCGCAGUGUGUUCGACAAGUUCACCUGGCUGGACGGAUCUGACCCCGUCUACGAGAAUUGGAGCUCCAGACAAGGCAUGUCUGGACUGACCGGUGGUUACUGCACGAAGAUUUCCUAUUCUGACAACAAGAUCACCUGGAUGAACACCCCAUGUGUGGAUCAAAACUACGCGGUCGUAUGCAAGAUGAAGCGCCCGGCAUUUCUCGGAAUAUAAUCACUCUAACCUUGACAGCAAUCAAGUCCAUCCUUGACACUAAAUACUAUAUAAAUUAGCGU